AUGAUAAAAGCCCAUGUAGAUUCUGGUGCCUUUGAUUCUGCUGUCUGCCUUUACCGAGAAAUGCGGGAAUCCGGUGCUCCCCACGACAGUUUUACGUUUCCUGUGAUCAAUAGAGCUAUUUCAUCACUUGAUCGGAGUCUUGGAUAUGGAGAAAUGGUUCACUCUCUUGCAAUUCAAAUGGGUUUUGGAUCCGAUGUGUAUUUUUGCAACACAUUGAUUGAGUUGUAUGUGAAGCAGGGGUGUAUUGGUCAUGCUCGUCAAGUGUUUGAUGAAAUGUGUCAUAGAGAUUUGGUUUCUUGGACAUCAAUGAUUUCUGGGUACGUUUGGAGUAGAAAUUAUUGUGAUGCUUUUAGGUUAUUCCAUGAUAUGCGAACCAAGGAAUUCACACCCAAUUCAGUGACGAUGUUGAUCAUGGUACAGGCGUGUUCUAUAUCUGGAAAUCCAGUUGGAGGUACGCAACUUCAUGGUUAUCUGAUCAAAAGAGGGUUCGAGAAUAACGUGUCUGUACAGAAUUCAAUCUUGGCUAUGUAUGCCAACACAGGGAAACUUGAAGAUGCAGAAAUUCUUUUUAAUAAAAUGGAUAAAAGGGAUGCUAUCUCAUGGAAUAUUAUGAUUUCUGGUUCUCUCUUGAUAGGAGAUUCUAUAAGAGUAGCUGAGAACUUUGACAGAAUGCGUUAUGAAGCUGUCCCCAGCCUUGAAACCUUAACCUUGGUUACCUCGGCCUUUGCCAAGUCGGGUAAUCUUAUUCAGGGUGAAAAGAUACAUGGUUAUGCAUUGAAAUCUGGACUUAUUGAUGUAGUUUUACAGACUUCUCUAGUGCAAUUUUAUGCCAAGUGCGGUGAGUUGGGGAUAUCAGCUCAAUUGUUCCAAGAAACCUGUAAGAGGAACACCAUCACUUGGAGUGCAAUGAUGUCAGGUUUUGUUCAAAAUGGGUAUUUUAAAGAGGCGAUUGAAUUGUUUCAGCAAAUGCAGUUUGCAAGUUUGAAACCUGGGGCUGACAUGUUAAGAGUCCUUGUCCUUACAUAUACCCAUUUGGGUGCAUUACGUUUGGGGAAAGGAGUUCAUGGUUAUGUAACAAAGAACAUAGUUCACAUCUCUGAAGAGGGUAAUAAAGCCAUGGAAACCUCUAUCCUAAAUAUGUAUGCAAAAUGUGGCAGUAUUGUUUUGGCUAGAAGGUGUUUUGAUCAAAUGGUUGACAAAGAUGUUGUAGCAUGGAGUUCAAUGAUUGAGACCUAUGGGAUCCAUGGAUUUGGUUACAAAGCUCUGGAACUUUUUUAUCAGAUGGAGAAGGAAGGUGUAAAACCAAACAAGAUCACCUUUUUAAGUUUGCUUUCUGCUUGUAGCCACUCUGGUCUUGUUGCUGAAGGUUGUAGAAUUUUUAGCUGCAUGAGCCAGAUAUACUUCAUUAAACCUGAUAUAAAUCAUCAUACUUGCAUUGUUGAUCUUCUUGGUCGAUCUGGGAAGCUCUUAGAAGCCCUAGCUAUAAUUGAAAAAAUGGUUGUGAAACCAGAUAGUCGGAUUUGGGGUGCUCUGCUUGCAGCUUCUAGGGUUUAUUCUGAUGACAAAAUUGGGUCCUAUGCUGCUGAGCAGAUCUUGGAGUUGGAACCUGAUAAUGUUGGUUAUCAUACAUUAUUGAGCAAUGUACAUGCCAGUGUUGAGAGCUGGGCUAAAGUUGAAACUGUGAGGAUGGUCAUGUAUGAGAAGGAUCUGAAGAAGAAACCAGGUUGGAGCUUUAUAGAGGCAAGAGGGAAGAUUUGUGGGUUUGUUGCAGGUGAUUUAUCACUUGCUGAAGUACAAGUUGAGGAGACAUUGGAUGCUCAAGGACAAUAG